GAGAGAUGGUACACUAUUGCACACAGACGAAAGAGAAUUAAUGUUACAUUUUAUGAGGUGAUCAAAAGGAAAAGAAUUCACCAUGCCGACCUCCAAAGUGCAGGCCGCCUCCAACACUCUCCAGAGCUUAUCUCUGAAAUUGCCCGAGGGGUUCAGGAGCAAAGUGGUGGCACCCCGAAACCCCAAACUGGUGAAACAGGAAAACAAGCACAUCAGACUGACCCCGUCUGCGUAUGCACAGGAGAUGUCUCAGACCACAGAGCAGCGUCUGGCCAACACACGUGAGAUGCACCCGCCCCGCAUGCUGGGGCUGCUGGACAUGAGCGAGACCACCCACCAGAAGUUCUCCUCAGUCGAUGUGGACCAGCCGAUGUUCCAGCCCUUCCCCUCAGAGAUCGUCUUCCAGAACUACACACCCCCCGAGACCUACGAGGUUCCCCUGGUGCUGCGCAACAAUGACAAGAUCCCUCGGCUGGUGAAGGUGGUGGAAGAAGGGUCCCUGUACUUCAAAGUGGUCAGCCCCCCGGACGUUUGCAGCAAAGUGGCGCCAGGCAUGGCCUCCACUUUCACCAUCCUCUUCACACCUCUGGAGAACAAGGACUAUUCCCACAGGCUGAUCUGUGUGACGGAGAGGGAGAAGUUCGAGGUGCCCGUCCGGGCGAUCGGGGCCCGUGCCAUCCUGGACUUCCCCGACCACCUGCACUUCCCCCUCAGCCCUGUCAAGUGCCCCGCCCACAGGACCCUGCUGGUGCGCAACAUCGGCAACGGCGAGGCCAGGUUUCAGCUCAGCACACAGAGCCCCUUCUCUGUGGAGCCUGCGCUGGGGAACCUGGGGGUGGGGGAGAGCAUGCAGGUGACCGUGGAGUUCCUGCCCAAAACCACCGGCGACCAUGCCCAGGACCUGCUGCUCCACUACCAUACAGGUGAGGACAUCUACAUCAGCCUGUACGGAGCCGCCACUGAUGUCAACGUGCGGCUGGAGAAGAACUCCGUCAUCGUGGAGAAGACCUACAUCUCCAUGGCCAAUCAGCGCUCGGUCGCCAUAGUGAACAGGAGCGAUGUCAUCGUGCACUACCAAUGGAAGAGCUUCGCCGCUGAGGAGGAGGAGGAGCAACAGAAGCUGAGGUUAUGUGGGGACCUGCAGAGGGAGGAGGAGGAUGAGAUGGAGUCGUUCCUGGCGGAGUGUGGGGCGGACCCCCUGCUGAGGGACCGCCUCUCUCUGCUCUCCCGCACCUUUCAGGAGCGCCGUCGGCAGCUGCGGGACGGAGCGCUGGCCUUCUGCGACGAGCACAUCACCCUGGACCCGCCGGAAGGAGACAUUUGGCCCAACAGCACCGCAGAGGUGAACAUCGUCUUCAGACCUCAGGAGGCCAGAACGUACCAGCUGACUGUGUACUGUGACAUCACAGGUCGGGAGUCUCGCCUGCCUCUGCGCAUUAAGGGUGAGGGCAUCGGCCCCAGGCUGCAGUUCAGCUUUGAUCUGCUGGACAUGGGAAACAUCUUCAUCCGCUCCAAGCACAGCUACGAGGUGCUCCUGACCAAUAAGGGGCUGAUUGAUGCCCCCUUUCACCUGGUGCCCCCCAGCUCCGCCCAGGGCGUCUGCUUCUCCUUCAGCCCCAGUGAGGGGACGGUGCCCCCCGGGGCCUGCCACGCCAUGGAGGUGGCCUUCUGCUCCGGCACCCUGGGGGCUUUCACCGAGGAGUUCCUCUUCUCUGUGGCUGGAAACCCCCGUCCCCUCACCCUCACAUUCAGGGGGCGUGUGAUGGGACCCACCUUCCACUUCAAUGUGCCUGCACUGGACUUCGGUGACGUGUCCUUCGGCUUCCCCCACACGCUGACAUGCCGUCUGAGCAACACUUCUCUGGUUCCCCUGACCUUUGGCCUGCGUGUCCCGGGAGACGGCAACGGGCGUCCAAGUGUCACCAGCAUUGCCCAGAUCUCAGAUCUCACCCGGGAGGAGUGGGAGGGGGGCAGCAGUCUGGCAGACCGCCCCGCCGAGUUUAACAUCACCCCCACCUCUGGCACAGUGCGCGCCCAGGGGCUUGUAGACAUCAAGGUGACUUUGUGCUCUAACUCGGUGCAGUGCUACAGCAUGGCGCUGGUGGUGGAUGUACAGGGUGUAGGAGAGGAGGUUCUGGCCCUGCCCAUCACUGCCAGGUGUGUUGUACCUGCCGUGCUGCUUGACCCCCCGGCGCUGGACUUCCAGAGGUGCUUCUUGCAUCACCCAUACGAGCGGGUGGUGAGGCUGACCAGUGAGAGCAACCUGCCUGUGUGUUACGGCCUCAUCUCUCAGGGCUACGAGGAGAGCGCCUCUGUGCUGUACUCCAGCCCCCACCCUCGUGGCGUGGUCCCGCCCCGCGGGUCUGUGGAUCUGCCCCUCGUCCUGCAGGCGAGGGCGGUGGGGCGGACCCAGGUGACCGCACACAUUGCCCUGUUCGGCAGCACAGCGCCCCCUCUGGGCGUGCUCCUGUCCUGCACCGGAGAGGGCCCGGUCGUCCAUGUCAGCGCCCCCGCGGUGGAUUUCGGCAGCAUCCCGGUGCUGAUGGAUGUUUCCAGGACUCUACAGCUGUGGAACCAGUCCCCUGUCCCGGCCCGCUUCCAGGCACAAAUGGUAAGCAGCAGGUCGCUGUGGAGGGUGGAGCCCAGCGAGGGGGAGGUCCCACCUGACGGGGGGGUGGAGCUGAAGCUGGUGGCUCACCUGGAUGACACCCUGCGCUUCCAGGACAAGCUUCAUCUGGCCGUCCGGGACAGCCACACCCACACCAUCCCUGUCUCUGCCACCGGCAAGGGCACCACCAUCAUUGCUGACCGGCCUUUCGCUCCUAGCCUCGACCUGGGAGCUCAUUUCAGCACAGGCCCCUGUGAGUACCACUUCAGACUGACCAAUCGCGGGCGGCGCUCUCACCAGCUGUACUGGAUGACGGAGGGGUUCCCUCAGUUCCGACGGCGGGUGGCCCAGCCCCCCCACGGCGGCGGCCCGCGGGACAGCAUGCGGCGGGACGCUCUGGCCCCCCCCGAGCCCACUGCCCCCGUUUUCAGCCUGCACCCCCAGCGUGUGGAGCUGGCCCCCGGCCGGUCGGUGGACAUGGUGCUGACCGGUUCCUCCGACACCCCCAAGGUGGUGCAGGAGAGGCUGGUGUGCCAGGCCAUCGUGGGGCAGCAGAGUGGGAAAGUGAAGAUCAUGACGGUGGACGUCAGGUGCCAGUUUGUGUCUCCGGUCCUGGACGUCUCCUCUCAGGAGCUGCGCUUCUACGUGGAGAAGGCUCCGGGUGUCUCCCUGCUCCCCCUUUUCCAGCCUCUGGUGCUGGGGAACGUGUCCUCUCUCCCCCUGGCCAUGGAGCUGUCUCUGUCCGAGCCCUUCGGCCUGUGUGCGCACCCUGACGACCAGGCGGCUGUCCUGUCAAAGUCCCUGGUGCUGGGUGUAGGGGAACGGGUGGAGCUGUGGGUGCGCUUCAACCCCUGGUUCCGGCGGGACAGCGUGACCCGGGUGGCGGAGCAGGUUCUGGAGGUGCGGUACCGGGACCAUCCUCAGCGGGACACAGUGGGCCUGAGGGGUGAGGUGCACUUCCCAAACCUGAGCUUCUCCAGCACCAGCCUGGACUUCGGCUGCGUGCUGAACCACACCGAGACCCAGCGCCAUGUGACCAUGACCAACUGCAGCCCGCUGCCCGUCGCCUACCGCUGGGCCUUCCUGCUGGACCAGGACCAGUACCGCAUCAGGGAGGGCGGAGGCAGACCCCCUCCUGGCUGCAGCACAGAGGAGCAUCCCCUUGGCUCACUGCACCAAUCACGGGAAACGGAGCUCACCAAAGUGCAGCUGGAGGAUGAGGAUGAGGAGAAGAGGGACCCCGAAAACGAGACGACAGAAGGGAGGGGCUCCCCCAAGGACAGACCCCCCUCACACAGUGCCCCCACUUUCAUCCAGGAAAAUCAGCCAACAUCACAAAGCCAAGCAACCAAAGGACUGGAUCAGAACCAAGACUGCAGCCAGACUUCACAAAGUCAGGAGGCCCAAGGUCUGGAUCAGAACCAAAGUGCCCUGAGCCGCAGCCCUGGAGAGCAUCCCAGCGUAGGAGUGGAACAGGUGUUUGACAUCCUGCCGCUCCACGGCGUCCUGCAGCCAGGUGAGAGCCAGCAGGUGACCUUCACCUUCUACGGGCACGCGGACAUGAGCAGCCAGGUGCUGGCACUGUGUCAGGUGGAGGACGGGCCCACCUACGAGAUCCCCCUGAGGGGAGAGGCCUCCCUGCUCACCUACACGCUGGACAGGACUGAGAUCGACCUGGGCCUGCAGUUGUUUGACCGUGUCGGGGAGGCAGAGGUCACUCUGAGGAACACAGGGAAAGUGGGGUUCGAGUUCACCGUUCUUCUGGGGUCACAGGACGCAUCCUCAGGGGACCCCUUGCCCGGCGUGCCGCUGGUCGUUCCCCACAGGGGCUACAUAGAGGCGAAGGCGGAGCAGAAGCUGACGGUCUACUUCCUCCCAGGGACACCUGAGGUCUUCCACACGACCUUUGACCUCCAGGUGUCCUUCUUCGAGCCGGAGACCAUCACGCUGAAAGGGGAGGGCGUCUUCCCCAGGGUGUGCCUGGACCUGCCCAGGAUCCUGGAGGAGGAGCGGUACGGCUCCGUGCUGAAGGAGGCCAGAGAGGCCGUGGAGAGGGAGAGGCAGAGGGAGGACACCCCCAGCCGCCCCACCACCGGCGCGGGGGACCUGUCUGUGGAUGACUACGUCCCCACCUACGACGCCCUCCUGCAGAUGGAGGUGGAGAGGCUGCUGGUGAAGCAGAACGCCGAGCUGCAGGUGGAGGGGAAGGAGGAGGACAGCAGCGACACGCCCACAUCCAGCAGCAGGUGGCGCAAGAGGCUCAGCAGGUUUACUCUACCUGAGUACCUGCUGGACUUUGGCUGUGUGAUCCACGGCAGCGUGCCGACCCACAUCGUCAAAGUGACCAACACCGGACCCGUGUCUGUGUGCUUCCGAGCCGACCGCCGCCUCUUGGCCGAGGCAGGGUUCAGCGCGGAGCUCGACAGGGUGAGGAACCUGCCAUACUGUGAGACGGAAACCUUCGAGGUGAAGUUCGACCCGUACGGGGCCAACCUGGAGCUGGGGCCGGUGGAGACAGUCAUGCCCAUCCAGGUGGUGGGCGGUCCUUCAGUGCAGGUGCGCCUGCGGGCGCUGGUCACCAUGCCCACCCUCACCAUCUCCACGGAUACGCUGCAGUUCGGCACCAUCCAGUGUGGGCAGUGUCAGGUCAUCACCAUCCAGCUGUCCAAUCAGGAGCCGGUGCCCUGCAAGUGGGCGGUGGCAGAGGAGGAGCGGCCUAAGAAGAAGAUCGACAAGCACGUGCCCCCCCACCUGAGACGCAAGGCCCGGCAGGAGCAGCCCGCGCCCCCCGCGGUGUUCCAGAUGCUGCCCCCGGCCGGGCUGCUGUUGCCUGGCGACAGGGUCAACGUGCAGGUCAAGUUCAGCCCUGCUGAGGGGAGGGUGUACAGUCAGCGGCUGGUGGUAACCGUGGCGCAGAGCUCUCAGCGUGUCCUGCUAUUGGCUCAGGGGCAGGGGGAGGAGCCCCGGCUGGAAUUCUCCACCCCCAUUCUGGAGCUGGGCCCCGCCCUGCCCUACAGCGCGGGUGAGGAGGGGGAGGUGCUGGUCCGAAAUCCCUGCCCCUUCCCCAUCGAGUUCUACUCCCUGGAGUACGACAGGCAGUACCUGGAGGAGGAAGAGAUCCUGCGCGUGGUGAAGGGGUACGAUGCCAGGAACAUGCUGCUGCUGCCCCCCCGCGCCCCAGGGGAGAUGCUGCCCCCAGAGCUGCUGGAGUACUACAAAGACCAGAAUGCACUGCAGCAGGAGGAGGGGCCGAAACCCAGCUCAGCUAAGGAGAGGGGCAGCCCGGGGGGUGGGGGGAAGGAAGAGGGGGCAUGCUCCCCCCUGCACCCCCAGACAGGGGACCACCACACUGAGGACGACAAAACAAUACCCCCCAAGGAGGGCACCACAAGUGGAGAGCUGGCUAAAGACGCAGGGGACAGUAAACCUCUAGUCAGCGUGGGUGAGCUGGCAGCCAAUCCCGUCUCCAGAGCCAUCGCCCGACACAUGGGCAUCGACCUGUCGCCUGAGGGCCAGGCCGCCCGAAACCGCCGCGGCAUCGCCAUCAUCAUGCAUGGGGCGCCCCUCUCUGGUAAGACGCGGGCGGCGGUGGCGCUGGCGAAGCACUACGGCGCGGCGUGUCUGAGCGUGGACGCGGCGGUGCUGGAGGCGGUGUCCAGCGGGGGCAGCGGGGCGGGGCUGCAGGCCAGGGAGCUGUGUGCCCGAGCGGCCAUGGAGCACGCUCAGAGGAAGGCCGAGGAGGCCGCCCAGGCUGCAGUGGACGUGGUAGGCCCGGCCAGUCAGGGCACAGGCUUCCUCAGUGUGGAGGCUCUGGCCAAACACACAGCGGAGGGCAGCCAAUCAGGCGAGACCAAGGCUGUCCCUUCCUCACUCUCCACCCGCAACAAGAACAGCAUCACAGGAACAAAGAAGAAUGAGGGUUCACAGCCCACCCCCACCACACAGCCCGCUGGCAGUGGGCCGGUGGGAGUGCUGGAGGCUCCCAGACCCAGGCAGCUGAGUGUGAGCGGCAGUCUGGCUGGAGACCUGGGCCUCAUGAGCUGCCUGCUGCCUGACGAGCUGCUGGUGGACAUCCUCGCAGAGAGGCUACAGCUGAGUGAUUGUCACCGCGGCGUGGUGAUUGACGGCCUGGAGAGCCUAUACUGUCGCUCCCUGACCAGCACCCUGCAGGUCAUCCUCAAGGCCUUCAACAACCGGCCCCACAUCUACCUGGUGGACCUGUCCCACAGCUUCCAGGGACUAAAGGCCAGGGAGAGGGCGGAGCGGGAGGCCCAGGAGAGGGAGGCGCAGGAGCGUGUGGAGAGGGAGAGGCUGCGUCUGAAGGAGAUGGAUGAGGAUGAGUACGACGCGCUGCCCGAGGAAGAGAGGGAGCGCAUCGACAACCGACACCUGGAGGAGCUGAGAGAGCGCAGACGCAGGGAGGAGCAGGAGCGGGCGGAGAGAGAGGAGGAGGAGCGCAGGCUGCAGGAGGAGCAGGAGAGGCUGAGGGAGGAGGAGGAGCAGAAGAGGAAGAACAGGAAAGCCAAGAAGGAGCCCCCGAAGGAGGACGCGUCCGGGAAGAGGAGUCAGAUGGACAGGAAGCAGUCGGCGGCUGCGCUGCGGUCAGACUCAAAGCUCGACCUGCCCACAAAGGACUGGACGAAGACUUCCUCCUGCGUGGACACCAAGGAGUCCACAGAGGGCGUCAGAGAGCCGGAGGAGGGAGGCAGGAAGGGGAGGAGCAAGGAGGGUCAGGAGGAGUCACCAGUACCCAAUGAGGAUCAAGAGAAAGAGCAGAUGAGUGAAGCCGAUAAGCUGCUGCUGUCUCGUUUCCGGCUCUACGAGCAGAGCCAGCCCCUCGUCUCACACACCCUGCAGUACUGGGACCGUGUGCAGGGUCACCUGUACCAGGCCCCGCCCUCUGAGGCCCCACCCCCCGAUGCCCAGGACUCCGCCCCUGAGCGGCGGGCCCCCUCGGGGAAGAAGAGCAAGAAGGAGCGGGAGAAGGAGAAGGCGGAGAAAGAGAGGGAGCGUCUGGAGAAGGAGAGGCUGAGGGCGGAGGUGUCCUUGCUCUCCCCGGGCCCUGCCCAACCUUCGGGGGAGACCCUGGAGGGGGCGGAGCCAGAUCCCCCGCCCGAGGGCGUGCCCCACAUCCUGCUGUCUGUCAGUGGGCGGGAUCACCCCAGCGGGGCGGAGAUCGUAGGGAGUGGGAGGUUGCCCCCCCUCGAAGAGGUGUUGGACGGGCUGGGACAGGGACCCAGUGGCCCCCCCAUCCCCCCUCCCAUCAUCUACUCCGAGGUGCCAUACCCUGAGCAGCGGGCCCCGCCCAGCACUCAGGAGGGUGCCACCCACUUCACCUUCAUGGCCCCGCCCACCACUGAAGACUUCGGCGAGGACAGGAGGGAGACGGAGACUGAGGCCGACACUCUGAGUACUGCGUCCCUGGUCAAGGAGGACCCAGUGACGCCCUCUAAAGGCCGAGGCAGGAAGGGCGAGACGGGAAGGGAGAGUCAGAGGGAGAGGAGGCGCACGCCAGGCAGGAGGAGCACGAGAGGAGCAGAGUCCCGCUCCCCUCCCCUCAGUGCUACCACCCCCCUGUCUGACACCGAGCAGAGCACCCUCACCACAGAGUCCCAGCAGGACAGCAACCCGCGUUUGACCACAUUCCGCUGGGUGGUCCCAGCCAAUGGGGAGGUGACCCUGAAGAUCUGGUUCCACUCCUCACUGCCGGGCAGAUUUGAGCACACGCUGAACUUCGAGCUGUUGGGCACCAGGAGGCGCUAUCAGCUGCACUGCAGGGGAGUGUGUGCCUUCCCCACCAUCAGCACAGACUACAAGGUUGUGUUUUCUCGCUGUAAGAAGGCCCUGCAGUCGGACGACAGCCUGCAGAAGGCCUACGUCAUCCAGUCUGGGGUGUACGAGUUCGGCCCGCUGCUGUGCCGAAAAUCCAGAGACAGGUACAAGGAGGGCACGUAUCCUGAGAACAUGGAGAGGCUGAUGAUCCAUAACUGCUCGCCGCUGGAUGCCGAGGUCCACUUCUGCUUCCAACACGACACCAAGGCCACGACCUUCCUGCUGGACCCACCCACCAUGGCCCUCAAACCCAAUGAGAAACAGGAGCUGAGGGUGUGGGCGUACCCCACGGCUCCUGGCCCGUUUGAGGACAGUGUGGUGUGCUGUGUGAGGGAGAACCCCGACCCCGCCCUGUUCCCCGUCUCCUGCCGCGGCGUUCGCCUGGAGCUGGAGCUCGACCGCAAGCAGCUCCACUUCGACAAGGUGCUGCUCAGCAGGCGAGACACUAAGAGCCUGUGUUUGCGGAACGCCACGCCCCUGCCCGCCGCCUGGAGAUUGGCUGGGCUGGAGAAGCUGGGGGAGGAGUUCAGCGUGACCCAGGACCAUGGCGUCGUCCCGCCUAGAUCCGAGUUCCACCUGCAGAUGCACUUCAGGUCCUUGAAGGCCGUCAACCUGAAGAGAGCGGCCAGCCUGGAGGUGUCGGAUGUGGACAACAUUCUGGGCCUGGUCCAGACGGAGAACCUCCAGAUUUUGGCGGAGGCAUACGACGUGGCUCUAGACAUCUCCUUCCCCAAAGGGGCUGAUGGAGGCCUGGACUUCGGGACCAUCAGAGUAUCAGAGGAGGCGAAGCUGUCUGUGACACUGAAGAACAAGGGCAAAUACGAGAUCGCGUUCAAGUUCCUGCUGAAGCCCACAGACCCAGACAUGCCCGACCUGAGCUCCCUCUUCAGCAUCACGCCCCUGAAGGGCUCCCUGAACCCCAGUGAGCGCCCCACCGCCGUGCACUUCCUCUUCCGCCACAACAGGGAGGUGUCAAUCAAAGAGCAGCAAAUCCUCUACUGCCAGGUGAUUGAGCCGAACAUUGCGGAGGGGGGCGAGACCAUCGCCUGCAUCCCCAUAAAGGUGUCGGUCCAGUCCCUCUUCAGCAGAUACAGCAUCCUGCCCUCCACCGACAUCAACUUUGGCCCCCUUGUCUACGGCAGCCGCAAGGUGCGCACCUUCACCCUGGAGAACAAGGGCCACUUCGAGUUCCGCUACACCAUCACCAGGAUCUCCAAGGACCUGCCCCCACCCAGCCAGAGAAAGGGUGUCGGCACACUCAGGCGUUCUCGAUCUCGGGAGAGUGGUUCUGGGAAAGGCAGCAGGGUCCGGAGGAAUGAGUCCAUCCAGAAGGAGACGGGCGUGUCCGUACAGGCCCGUUUCACUGCGGGGGUGUUCACUGUGUCCCCUGGGUUUGGGACGCUGGGCCCCGGGGGUCAGCAGGUGGUGACAGUCGACUGUGUAGCUGACCAGACCGGCAGGUGGGAUGAGUUUCUGGUCCUGGAUGUGACCGACCGUGACCCCAGCGAUCACCCCGACGGCAUCCCUUACCAGCUGGCGGCUGAGGUGUGCGUGCCAGGUAUAAUGUACAAGGACUUUGCGUCCAUCUUCGAGGAGCACCGCAUCUGUGAGAACAGCAGUCUGCUGCACUGUGAGCAGCACAGAGACGCCACAGGCAUCUACAUCCGGGACGAGAACAAGUUCGUCUUCAACAACGUGCUGGUGGGCCGGCCCUCCGAGGCCCGAUUCCGCAUCACCAACGCGGGCAGGGUGCCCUGCGAGCUCAGCCUGGCGGUCAAACCCGUCCUCACCAAGGUUCAGAUGCGCAGCGGUGACGUGUUUGAGGUGACACCCUCCAAAAUGUGCAUCCCCAGCCACUCACUCUCCUUCGCCGUGGUAACCUUCACCCCACAAACCAUGCAGACCUACCACGCUGUGUUCGAGGCCUCAAUAGAGGGUGCUUCCAGCGUGAUGCAGCUGGUGCGCUCGAAGGGGCUGGUGUUGGACCUGAUGGGGGAGGGGACCCUGCCGUGCGUGAGUGUGCUGCGGCCGACGCUCCGCAGCGCUCGGGGGAACCCGCUGCUGCAGUUCCAGCGCCUCCUGCUGGGCCGUGGACGCACCCUCCCGCUGGUGCUGAGAAACGACGGCAGCGUACCUGCACAGGUUAACAUCGAGAUGCUGGACAGGGUGGGGGUGUUCACCCUGAGAGCUGCUCCUGACACUGUCUGCCAUGCCCUGUCAGCCACGGCCCUGCACAGCGACUCCGGUGCAGACAGACAGGUGGCGCACUUGGGCUCCCUCUCCCUCACCCCGGGCCAGCAGGCGGAGUUUGAGGUGGAGUUCCGUCCCACUGAGGCGGGGAGCUUUGAAUGCGACCUGCGCCUCCAAGUUCAGGACAACCAGUACGAGGAGACGCUGGUGCAGCUGGCAGGGGAGGGGUACCAGGAUGUCAUCACCAUGGACAACAUCGGCAGCAAGCCCCACCGAGCGGAAUCUCCUUUACCCUCAGAAUUCAGGUCUGACUUGCUGAACUUCGGAGACUGCCGGGUGGCCACGCCCUACCAGGAGACCCUCACCCUGACCAAUCACAGCAGCUCGGAGGUGCUGAGGUUCGAGUGGCCCUCCGACAGCCCGCAGGUCAGGUUCUCGCCCCGGGUGGGCCACCUCCACACCAGCUGCGCCAAAGAGGUGACGGUGACGUUCCAUGCCGAGCAGCCCGUCACCCUGGACGCUCAGCCAAUCAGGUGCAAGCUCUGCCAGGUGCUGUUCCUGCAGCCCGUUGACCAGGUGCCCGACUGGGACGACCGGCUCAGAACCGUGAAGUGGGUCGACACCGGGAAGCAGGACUCAACACCGGGACCCGCCAAGAGGAAGGUGAUCGAGACGGACCCGGAACCGGAGCACUCCGUGGUGGAGAACUCGACCCGCGAGGUGGAGCUGCUGAUCAGUGCUGUGUGUGACUACGCCCAGUUCACCUGCCCCUCUGAGCCCAUCCGCUUCAAAGACACGCUGCUCUACCAGACCAGAGUGUUCCAGCUGAAGCUGUGCAACGCCGGGAAGGUGGAGCUGGAGUUCUCCUGGCAGGUGCUGAUGGACAGGUGUGGGAAGACAGUGAGCUUUGGGCCUGCAGAGGACUCUCGGGCGGUCACCCCUCGCUCUCGCCCGGUCAGCAGGGCGGCGCUGCGUCCCGUUAGUGCCCUGGAGAGCCUGUCGUCUGCGCUGCAGGGGGACCCCACCCUGCCCCCCUUCUCUGUGGAGCCCAGCAUGGGGACCGUCCCCCCAGGGGGCAGCCAGGCCUGCCACGUCACCUUCUCCCCCCUCGAGGUGGCCGAGUUCGAGGGCCGGCUCGUCUGUAGCAUCUCUAACCUGCGGGAGGGUCAGGGCCCUGCGGUGGCGGUGAGUGGGCGGAGUCUGCUGCCGUUCUGUCACUUCCAGCUGGAAGACUCGGACUACCUGAGCGGGGGGCGGCGCAGGCCAGACCUGCGGGGGCCCCAUGGAGCCCCCCCCAGGGCCACUCUGGACCCCAACACCAGGGUCAUCGAGAUCAGCUCUGUGGGCGUCGGCACACCCGUCCCCAGGGUAUUCAGUGUAAUGAACCCCACCAGUAAGCCAUACUCCUUCAGGUGGAGGUGUGAGGAUUCAGACCCCUUCCCCUUCCGCUGUGUCACACCUAAAGGCUCCAUUCAGCCUGGGAAGAGAGUGGAGAUCUGCUUUGAGUUUGUGGCUCGGGAGCUGGAGGUGGUGGAGUCCUUCUGGACCUUCCUGAUCGCUGAGCAGGGCGUGUCCGUGCCCUUCCUGCUGGUGGGCACCGCCAGGGAGCCCGUCGUCUACCUGGACCGCGCCCACCUGAACCUGGGCAGCCUGCUCGUGGGUCGGGAAGUCUGUGAGACCGUGUACAUGGUGAAUGCAGAGGACACGCCCUUUCACUUCGUCAUCCGCGAAAACUCCCGCCACUCUGAGGCCUUCCGGGACAGCCUGCUGCUGGAGCCCAUGAAGGGCAGCGUGCCACCCCGAAACAGGUUACCUGUGGUGCUGUCCUUCAGCCCCGCCCAGGAGGGCCCUGUGACCUUUAACCUGGUGUGUGACGUGAAGGGGAAGGUGCAGCCGCUGACCCUGAACGUGAAGGCAGACGGCUUCAGCAUGCGUGCCUGCGUGCACUGCGAGGGGCCACAGGGGGGCGUCACUGAGCUUAGCCCUGGCACUGUCCACCAGGUGGACUUCAAGCAGGUGGAGCUGAGUGAUAAAUCCUCCUGUCACUUCCUGGUGUCGAACCCGGGGAAGUACAGCCUGGAGGUGCAGUACGAGCUGUGGGGCCCGGCGGAGCUGCAGCGCCACCUGCAGGUGGAGCAGGAGAGGAGCAUCGUGGCGGUGGGCCAGCAGAGCCGAUGCACCGUCACCUUCUCCCCACUGCAGAAGUGUGUGCUCAAGGAGACCGGCCUCUCCAUCCAGGUGAGGAACGGGCCUGUGUUCCGCUGCUCCCUCUCGGGCUCGGCGGUGCCGCCUGGGGUGGACUUCUCCUUCCGCAAACACAACUUUGGGAUGAACUUCAUCUACCAGGCCGGGAUGGUGCCCUCCUCCCACACUCUGCUCAUCACCAACAGGGGAGAGAGGGGGGUCAGCCUAGAGUGCCUGUUCUCCAACACGGCGUUCCUGGAGGUGGGCUUCCAGCCCCAGGUGCUGCCCCCUGGCGGCAUGGUGGAGGUGCCCUUCACCUUCUACCCACGAGAGGCCGUGCGCUACCACGAGAAGGUCGUCUUUGAGAUCAACGACUGCGCCAAGCAGGUGGUGGAGAUCCUGGGCCAGGGCAUCGACAUGAAGAUCGAAUUUGAGGACCCCAGACACAAGGUGGUGAACCUGGGGGCCAUUCAGAUUGGCCAGAAGAGCAAGAGGUCGAUUCCAUUGGUCAACAACAGCCCGGUGGCCCUCACCUUCUGCCUGCUCCUCAGCCCCUCCCUGGAGGCCAUGCUGGCUUCUAAGGUGCUGUCGGUGAGCCCAGUGGGCGAGGUGACCCUCCGGGCCAGCGGGGGGCGCUGUGUGGUGGAGCUGCAGUUUUCCCCCAGGCAGCGCAUGGCCCCGUUCAGAGAGGAGCUGCAGCUGGAGUGCCUGGGCGCCGUACGCCCCCUGCUGGUGGUGAGGGGCAGCUGCCAGGCCGUGGAGGUCAGCCUGGACCAGGACUACCUGCCCUUUGGGGCCAUCGCACAGCGCUGCCAGGCAACCAGACGCAUCGUCAUGAGCAACACCGGGGACAUCGGAGCACGGUUUCAGUGGGAUGUGAGGAAGUUUGCCCCCCAUUUCUCCAUCAGCCCCACAGAGGGGUAUGUCUGCCCGGGGAUGGAGGUGCCGUUUGAGGUGACCUUUGCCCCCGUGGAGCUGAGCCAGGACCUCCGCUACGACAGCCUGCCCUGCAGCAUUGAGGGGGGGCCGCCCCUCAGACUCACCCUGGCAGGGUCCUGUGUCGCCUCCCCCGUCACCAAGGAGGUGGUGGUGUUUUCCUGCACAGUGCGCUCUCAGCAGACCCAGGCUCUGUCCCUGUCUAACCGGAGCAGCCAGCGCUGGACGCUGAAGCCCGUGAUCGAGGGGGAGCACUGGAGCGGCCCCCCCUCCUUCAUCAUCGAGCCCCACCAGCAGAACCAGGCCUACGACAUCACCUACCGGCCCCUGGUCAUGACCGCCGACGGCAAGAAGCACCAGGGCUCGGUGUUCUUCUCCUUCCCGGACGGGACGGGCAUUCUCUACACCCUGCUGGGUACUGCAGAGCCCCCCAAGGCCGCGGGCACCAUUUCCCACGAGAUGCCCUGCAAGACCCCCUACACCGAGCUGCUGCCCGUGCAGAACUGGCUGAACAAGCCCCAAAGAUUUAGAGUCAUAGUGGACAUGAUCAAACCGGAGCGUCCCGACCCCACAGUCACCUUGAAGGGGCUGGAUUACCUGGAUGUACCUGCCCUGGCCAAGAGGGACUAUAAGCUCUCCUUCUUCAGCUACAAAGAGGGCGUGUUCAACGCCAAGGUGACGUUCCGGAACGAGACCACGCAGGAGUACCUGUUCUACCUGGUGAACUUCAGGGCGACGGCAGCGGGCGUGGUGCGCACGGUGGAGAUGGUGACCACAGUGAGGCAGACGGCCGCAGCGUCGGUUACCGUGGAGAACCCGCUGCCGGCCACGGUCAGCUUCACCACAGAGUGCCGCUGUGCCGACAUCAGCGUACCGCCACAGCUCACCGUCCCAGCGCUGUCCACGGGCUCCCUGAUGUUUGAGUACCAGCCCCUGCGGGAGGGGGAUUGCAGCUCCCGGCUCACCCUGCACAGCGCAGAGCUGGGCUUCUUCCACUACGAGUUGCAGCUGAGGGCGCUGCCCGCCCCCCGGGAGAGAGCCCUGCACUUCCGAGCCCCGCUGGGCAGUGGCCAGGCCGUCUGCGCCAAGUUCACCAACUACUCCCGCGUCAAGACCGAGUACACCUGCAAGACGGACAGCCCUGACUUCACCGUGGAGAGGACGGUCUCCACAGCGGCAGGGUACCAGGGUGGGACGGAGGUCAGCGUGGAGGUGUACUUUGAGCCGUGUCAGUUGGGGGAGAGCCGCGGGCUGCUCACGGUCUCGUCCGGCUUGGGGGGCGAGUACGUGUUCCCCCUGUGUGGCUCCUGCACCCCUCCCAAACCGCAGGGUCCCUUCUCUGUCCGGGCCGGCUCCAGCAUCUCCAUCCCCUUCCGGAACGUCUUCCCCCAGCCUACCGCCUUCUCCUUCCAGGUGGAUAACCCCGCCUUCUCCGUCAGGGGCGCGGACUCCAUCCGGCCCAAGAAGACGCACAGUGUGCUGGUGUCCUUCGAGGGCGCCCCCCCCGGCGCCCACGGGCCCUGCAGCGGCAAGCUGACUAUUGCCAGCCCGCGGGCCGAGGGCCUGGGACAGGGCGUCUCCUGGGUCUUCUACCUGAAGGGCGUCAGCCCUGAACCCCCACAGCGGGACAAGACCUAGCGGCCCUCCACCUCUAAAACAUCCACCAGCCACACCCCCUAAACAUC